CACUUGAUGAGGUGGUGAUGGAUGUGGUGGGCCCCUUGAAGCUUGGAGCUACUGGAGCAGAGUACUUCCUCACCAUUGUGGACGUCUACACUCGCAUGACUUGGGUGUAUGUGCUGCCCAAGAAGAGUGACGUAGCUGAAACGGUGAAGACCGAUUGGUUGCCGAUGGUGGAGCAGCAACAAGACCGACUUGUGAAGGCGAUUCGCACUGACCGUGGGGGAGAGUUCUUGAGCAAGGAAUUCUCAACUUGGCUGAAGAAUCAGGGUAUAAGGCACUCUCUUACCAUGACCUACUCUCCUGCAAUGAACGGCAUCGCCGAGCGUGCGAAUCGGACACUCACGGAGACGGCUCGGGGACUUCUCAUUGAAGCCGGUCUUCCCAAUUACUUCUGGCCGGAUGCGGUGCGGCAUGCUUCUGUGGCCAAGAACAGAGCCUUGACUCAUGUGGGAGAAGAUAAAUGGGUGCCCUAUGUGGAGUGGAUUGGAAGGAAGCCGAAGGUGGAUAUGCUUCGGGUGUUCGGGUGCAUGUGCAUGGCACUUGUGCCUAAGAAACUUCGGCACAACAAGCUUGAUGCCAAGGCAACAUGGGACGUGCACCUGGGAUGGCUCAAAACAGCAAGGGAUGGCUUCUUUGGGACCCAUUUACCAAGAAGUUCUUGGUGAGCAGAGAUUGCAAGUUCAUGGAGAACUUACCGUACAAGGAGUGGAAGGCGGAGAAUCAAGCGAAGAUUGGUGUGCGGCUUGGAGAGGUGAAGAGUAACGGCUUGGAGCAUGUGGAGCUGCCCUUGGAGCUGAGUAGCAGCAGCACAGUCACGAGGCAAUCUCCUCAAAUGAAUGGGGAUGAGGAGGAGGAGGAGGUGCAGCAAGGCGAUGGUGCGGAAGAUGAAAGCGAGGAGUGCGCCUUUGCCUUCUUCUCUCCGGUGGAGAUGCCGGGGGAGCCUACAAAUCCCAAGGAGGCUUGGGAGGGCCCCAAUGGGAAGGAGUGGAAGAAGGCCUCAGAUGAAGAAAUGAGGAGCAUCAUAGAGAACGACACAUUUGACUUUGAGGUGAUGCUGAAGCUUCAAGACAAGUUCAAGUGCAAGACCCUUGGUGACGUCAACUACUAUCUUGGGCUUCACAUUGAGCGAGAUGUGGAGAAGCGGUGGAUGCGAGUGCAUCAAAAGAAGUACUUGGAGGCCUUGGCUGUAAAAUUUGGGAAGAGUGAAGGUCAUGUGGCUACUCCUCUUCCCUCAGGGUUCAAGUGUGUGAAAGGACCAGCGGAGGAAAGUGUUGGUGAAGAGAAGAGGCACCGUUUUCACUCCUUGGUGGGCAGCCUCAUGUAUGCGGCCGUUCACACAAGGCCAGAUGCAGCCUUUGCUACCGGGCAGCUGGCUAGGGUUGUCCAAUGCCCUAAUGAAGAGCAGGCAGCUGCUAGAGAGAGGGUGGCCAAGUACCUUGGCCAAACAGCAACUGUUGGACUGCAAUACUCCGCGGCGGCACAAAGGUAUCAAAAGGGUGCGGAUGGAGUCGAACCCGGGAGGCUCGUUCUCACUGCCUUCUCUGAUGCAUCUUGGGCAUCAGAACCAGAGGACAUGACAAGUGUGGGAGGUUUCAUCUGCUAUGUUGGUGGAGGGCCAACAGCUUGGGAGACUGAUAUGAUGACCAAGAGGCUGGUUGAGCAGCAGCAUUGGAAGUGUUGCAAGCUUGCUGGGAUGGCUCUGAACUAAGGGGAGCAGAUUCUAAGGCCAACAAUCCGAGGGGGAGUUUGUUGGUGCAACCCUAUGGCUUGCACUCGGCUUGUCGUCCUUGUUUGUGUGUGUGCAUGCAUGGCAUGGAAUGAAUUGUGAGUCUAUGUCAUUGCUAUCCAGUGCUUGUGUGUGUGCUUGAAUGGUGUAUCACAAUGUGGUUUGUGUCGGUCAAGACAUUAGCGACCCCUUGGAGGGUUGGUUUCGAGACUCUUCAUGGUUGGGGACUCUGUGGUGGUGUACCACCAACCUGGACCUCGGCUCUUGGGGUAUGUAGAGGCUGGAAACCAUCUCCCUCUCGAACUCUUUUUGCUAUGUUUGUACUCCUAAGACUAUAGUG